AGAGAGAGAGAGAGAGAGUGCGCAUGCACUUCUUACUCUGUCUUACUCCCAUUAUUCGCGAACUUCAGCCGAAAAACAGCCUGCUCUGUCUAUUCGUACUACGUUUGUGUGCAUACCACGUAACAUCGAAGCAAUAAUAUAUUGCAAUAUUAGAAGUAUCAUCGAAUAUUUUAUGUUUAUUCUGUGUAAUAAUUUUCCUAUAGAUCUGUUCUCUUUAAAGAAUUACUAUUAUUGUGGUCACGAAAAAUUAAUUCCGUUAAUAGUGAGAACCGGCGAAAAUGGGUUAGUGGUUGCCGGCUUUGUCCUCGUGACGGGUCCGGUAUAACAAAAUUGUAAUCGAGUUUACAUAUUUGAUAUUUUGCAUUCAUUUGAUGUGCUUCUAAUUCACAACGGAAACACGAGUCAAGUGAAAAUGGCAUCGCAGGAGAAUGUCCAAAGCAGUCUGCCCGACACACAAAAUACGGACGCUGUUUUAUUGACACAAUCCCAAUCACAAGAUGGGAUGAGCAAUCAACAAACAUUAACUGUCUGGGGAAGACUGUGCGCAUUAAGACCAUUUUUCCAAAAUUUAAGUAUGUCUGGAGAUAUGUAUACUGUGGGGCGUUGCGAGACUUGUGAUAUUCGCCUGACUUCAAAAAUAAUGCGUGCAAAUUGGUUGAGUGUAACCAGUAAGAUACACUUUCGCAUAUAUAGAAAACUUAUUAGUAACACAAAUGAGACUGUGGUGUAUCUAGAAGAUAUGAGCCAGAAUGGAACCUAUGUUGACAAGAUCAUAGUUGGUCGUGGAAAACGUGUCAUUAUUGACAAUAACUCAGAAAUUUCACUGGUUAAAUCUUCAUGUAAAGUUUACAGAUUUGAGAAUAUGAUUAUGCCCGAACCUAACAACUUACCACCAGAAAUAAAACAAAAGUAUGCACUAGGCCGUAAACUAGGAUCUGGUGCAUGUGGAGAAGUGAACCUGAUAUUUACAAAGGAUGGUACUGAAAAAUUUGCUAUAAAAACAAUACAGAAAUCUGAUUUUAAUAUCAAUGGAAAUGUCAAUCAUCUUAAUAACCCUGAAAAGAUUAAGAAUGAAGUUGAAAUAUUAAGAAAGUUGAAACAUCCUUGUAUUGUUCAAAUGAAAGAUAUUUUUGAUACACCAACAACAGUGUAUAUUGUGCUUGAAUUAAUGGAAGGUGGAGAGCUUUUUGAAAGGAUAAGAAACAGGGGCAAGUUGUCUGAAUCAAAUACAAAACAUAUAUUUUAUCAAGUUAUACAUGCAGUUCAUUAUUUGCACAAGCAAGAUAUCACACAUAGAGAUUUGAAGCCGGAGAAUAUACUGCUAGCAGACAAUUCCGAUAUUACUGUAGCAAAAGUAUCCGAUUUUGGGCUUGCAAAAUUAGUAGAUGCUAGAACUAUGAUGAAAACAUUUUGUGGGACUCCUAUGUAUGUUGCACCUGAGAUUAUAAAUAACCUUGGACGUAUGUCUUAUACAAAACAAGUCGAUGUGUGGAGUCUAGGAGUGAUACUGUACAUUUGCUUAGGUGGUGUAUUACCUUUUAAUUUACAAAGUAAAAAUUAUACUUUAGAACAACAAAUCAGAAGAGGAAAGUAUGUUUUCCCUGACUUGUACUUUGGACACGUAUCACAAGAAGCUAUAGAUCUGAUCAAACGUAUGAUGACGGUAGACCCGGACAAACGCAUAACAGUUCAACAGAUUUUACUACAUGCUUGGAUGAAAGAUUCAAAUAUACGAAGGGCUGUAAACUCGUUAAUAUUUCCGGAAAAUAACGAGAACAUACCAUCCUUGAAUACCUGCAGAAAACGUUCCGAGGUUUAUUCGCCCCCAGAGGGUAUAAAACGUACGCGGCUUAACGCGUGAAAGAAUAUCCUUAACAGGAAGUAUAAGAGAAAAUAUUUCGAUGUUUUCCAAUUGAAAGGAAUAGUACAAAAGAAACAUUUAACAUUUUUGUUUAGUGGGAUUAGAUGUUUCAUCGAUUAUUUUGUGAUUUCGUAAAUGGUUACCUACUUAUAUAUGAUCUCCACUUUGAUGACAACUAUAUCUAUAAAUCUCUAAGAUACAUACUUGAAUACCAAAACAUUGUAUUUAAUAUAUCUACAAGGAUCUUACAAAGAAAAAAAAAAUAC